ACGUAACGAUAUACUUUCUUUGGUUGCGUGUGUUUUGGACAUUCCAACUCAUGAUUGUAAUAAUGUAAGCCGUAAUGGCUUUAGUGCUAAAAAUUCCACAAGAGAGACAAGUAGACUCAAGACCUAAUGCUCUUUAUAACUUAAUUUAUCAUCUCUUAUGCUUAUAACUGCAGUACUUCUGUUUAUAUAGGAGAAACAAGUUAAUUAACGCAUCCUGUAUUUUCUUUUCUUGUUACCAUGUUCAAGGCAAUGGCUCAACGCUUGCAAGAACUAUUCAUAUUCUUCUUUUUAGCAAUAUUUUCCAGAGCAACUAGUCUUAACAAGCCUCAUUCUAGGGCUACCCUUCCACUAGAAGCAGUAGCUCAUAGUUACUGCCUGAGUUGGCGGUUGGCAGUGGAGGCCAACAAUGUGGGUGGGUGGCGGACAGUGCCUGCUCAAUGCUUGCACCAUAUUGAAACUUACAUGACAGCUGGGCAAUAUGAUCGUGACCUUGAGUUCAUUGUUGACCAAAUCUUGAAUUAUGUGAGAGGAAUUGUUCUUUCUGGAGAUGGGUUGGAUGCUUGGAUUCUUGAUGUUGAUGAUACUUGCAUCUCCAACGUCAUUUACUAUAAAGGAAAGAGAUUUGGGUGUGAGCCAUAUGAUCCAGCUGGUUUCGUGGCAUGGGCAUCGAAGGGAGGGUGUCCAGCCAUUCCUGCUGUGCUUAGGUUGUUUAAGGAGCUGGUGCCCAUUGGGUUUAAGGUUUUUCUAGUUACUGGCAGAGACCAAGAAAAUCUUGGCCAAGUUACUAUUGAUAAUUUGCAUAAUCAAGAAUUUAUUGGCUAUGAACGAUUAAUUUUGAGGACCAGAGCAUACAACGGUCAAAGCGCAGUGACAUACAAGUCUAAUAUAAGAAAGCAACUAGUGGAAGAAGGGUACAGGAUAUGGGGGAAUGUGGGCGACCAAUGGAGUGAUCUACAUGGAGAUUUUGUGGGUAAUCGAACUUUUAAGCUUCCAAAUCCUAUGUACUUUGUCCCUUGAAUAAAUUCAAUGGAAUGCUGGUUACAAACUUUCAGUUGCUUCUUGUAACAGUAUUCGUUUAUUACUAAUAAAAAUAUUUCAUGUUCUAGUCCAUAA